UGUCACACCAACAGUCUGCUCAACAUGCUCUUAGGUUACUAUGACGACCUUCCUGCCUCCAUGGUGUACAUAGUCUGUAUCCCCGGGGACUUGGGGACUUCUUGGAGGCUUGUCAAUGAAGUAGUAAUGGUGGACAAGACAGCUUACACACACACACACACACACACACACACACACACACACACACACACUUGUUGUUGUUGUUAUUGUUUACAUUUUAUAUCCCGCUCUUCCUCCAAGGAGCUCAGUUCAGUGUACUACAUACUUAAGUUUCUCCUCACAACAGCCCUGUGAAGUAGGUUAGGCUGAGAGAGAAGCGACUGGCUCAGAGUCACCCAGCUAGUAUCAUGGCUCAAUGUGUUGGAAGUGAAGGACUUUGCGCUGUCUCUUGUCUCAGUGACAGUGGAGGACAGACUAGAGUCAGAGGGCUAGAGGGUCAAGACAUUGGUUAUCCUUUCUCCACUGCUCUGACACUAUCCUUUUGGAAUGUAGAUUGCUACUCUUAGGGACUAACUUCCUUCCUUCCUGCUUUCCCUUCCUCUUCCCUUCCUUCUACCUUGCAACAUGCAAGCUCCUCUCCCCUGCACCAUGUGUGCAGAGAUGCAGAAUCCAUCUGCAUCCAGCUAGAUAGUUAGAUUAGAGAUCCUAACUCCUCACUUUCCUAUCUAGAAUGGAGUUCUCUAAUAAAUAUCAUUUAUAUUGAUUUGAAACUAUGAACUGCCCCCAAGUUACUUUACUCUCAGCAUACACACAUGCCUAACUAAAUUCCGCUGUGUUGUGCCUCUGUGCACUCUGCUAUAAUGAAAAACCAAAGAGAAUUCCCAACAGAAUGGGGAUUUGAACUCAGGUCUCCCCUCUCCUAGUCCAGUACUCUAACCACUAUACCAUGCUGGCUCCUUGCAAUGUGCAGCUGAGGGGAACAUGGGCUGUGUUGUUUUAGGUGACCCUCUCAGUCCACAGAGGGGCACCCAGGCAUUAACUGACUGUGGGCCUCAGAACAUGUUUGAUCCACAGUCCAGCACCACACUUAUUUAGAACGAACAAACUAACGGCGAAGGUUUAGAUAGCGCUUUUCAACAAAUGUUCCCAAAGCGGCUGCCAUUCCAAUUGCCUCAUUGCAUUUCCCCCCCUUAUUUAUUAACUAUAUAACCUGCCCUUCCUCCAAGGAGCUCAGGGCAGUGUACAUUAUUCUUUCCACCUCCAUUUUAUUGUCAAAACAACCUUGUGAGGUAGGUUAGGCUGAUAGAUAGGGACAGGCCCAAGGUGUGUGAGUGAGGAUUUGAACCUGGAUCUCCACACUCCUAAUCUGGCACUCUGACCACUAUACUGCACUGAUUCUUAUUUCUUAAAUGAGUUGAAUGUCACCAAAAGGCCCCCCUCCCACUGGCACCACCAAAAAUUAGAGUAAAGAGCUCCCAGAGUAGAAGGUGGUGUUUCUGACUGACUAGAACCCCAGCCAGUAUUCCUUUUUCUACAAAUAAACCAAAAUGGGAAAUGUUUUGAGUGCUGGAGAAGUGAUGUUCCCUGUAACAGAAAUGUUGUCUAACAUGGCUGGAUUCUAGCACCCAAAAAAUUAGUAAUAAAUUAACAACUGUGAAAUUAUUGUGUCUUAAGAGUAAUUUUGCACCAAAUCUGCCACCUCCCCCCACCACUGGAGGGCGCUCUGUUUCUAUUCAACACACAGCCGCUUCCUGUCAUUUAUGAGCUUGGAUGACACUGUCUGUGAUGCAAGCCAUCUCCUUUUGAAGCAGAUCUCUGUCUGGCUGGGAAUCUUACUUUUUUUCUGAAGUUCAGAGGAAUUCUCAACUCCAAAAGAGAAGUAUCUGGAGUAACUGCUACAGACUACAAUGGAAGAUUCACCAGCUGGCAUGGACCUCAGCCAUUGUCGGGAACAGCCAGAGCCUACAGAAGUUCAAGAUGUUUCGAAUGAUGGCAAUUCUAACACAUCCCAUGAAAUGGAAAACGUUGACAACAGUGAAGACACGAAGGAAUAUCCUCUGACUAAUGGAGGAGGGAGAGAAGAAGAUGGCUUGCUGAAAGUCAAAGGUGAAUUCCCUGAAAAGAAUGAAGGAGUUUUGAAUCCUGAGCCAAUGGGAAAUCGAGGAGAGCCUGGGAUCCUUUAUAACUGUCGGCGGGAGUACAGAGAGUACGAAAGCAUUGAGCUUGAGAGACAUUCUGGGCCCUACGACCUCAUGAGACCAACUAGUGGAAAACUGAGUUGCGACAUUUGUGGACUGCCCUGCAUCAGCCUUAAUGUUUUGAUGGUUCACAAGCGCAGCCAUACUGGUGAGCGCCCUUUCCAUUGUAACCAGUGUGGAGCCUCCUUUACUCAAAAGGGCAACCUUCUCCGCCAUGUUAAACUUCACACUGGGGAAAAGCCAUUCAAAUGCCACCUUUGCAGCUAUGCUUGUCAAAGGAGAGAUGCACUCACCGGCCACUUAAGGACACAUUCUGUGGAGAAGCCAUUCAAGUGUGAAUUCUGUGGACGGAGCUAUAAGCAAAGGAGCUCGUUGGAAGAACACAAAGAGAGAUGCCGGACUUAUUUGCAGAAUGCUGGCCUCAGUGAAGCUGCAGACAGAUGGAGAAGGGUGGACCAAAGGUAUCCAUGGAGAAAUGAGAUAGAAAGCACAAUGGCUGUCUUGAGGCAUUUAAAGGGACUGCCAGGAUCUUCAGAAAACGUGGAGGGAAGGCACAGCAAAACCGAGAUGGGAACCGAACGGGCCCUUGUGCUGGACCGUUUAGCGAGCAAUGUGGCCAAACGGAAAAGUUCUAUGCCCCAGAAAUUUAUUGGUGAGAAACGCCCCAGCUUUGAAGUAAAUUAUAGCCCCAGUUUUGUGUAUGAGAAGGAGAGGGAUGUCAUGCUGCAAGGGUGUAUGAUGGAUCAAGCGAUCAAUAAUGCCAUCGGGUACCUUGGUGCAGAAGCACUGCGCCCACUUGUACAGACUCCAGCAGCCCCAACUUCUGAAAUGGUGCCAGUGAUCAGCAGCUUAUACCCCCUUGCACUCACCUGUGCUGAAAUGCCCAAUGGCAACCCACAGGAGGCAACCCGCCAUGCCCAGAUAAGAGAGAAGACUGUAACUUCUGAAAGAGGUAUUUCUCCAAACAACAGUGGCCAAGAUUCUACAGACUCAGACAGCAACCAAGAAGAGCACCAGAAUCAUGCCUACCAUCAAAGCCAAGUGGUCCCUCCUCAUUUGCAAACCCGUAAUGGCCUUCUGACCUUCAAGGAACACCCCAGGUCAUAUGACAUAUUCAGACCACCAGCCAUUUGUCCUCGUGAUGUCUUGAAUGUCUUCAACAAAGAAGGUGAACCCAUUGGGGUCUACCGAUGUGACCACUGUCGUGUUCUCUUCCUGGAUUAUGUGAUGUUCACUAUCCACAUGGGAUGCCACGGCUUCCGUGACCCUUUUGAGUGUAAUAUGUGUGGCCACAGGAGCCAUGACAAAUAUGAGUUCUCCUCCCACAUAGUCCGUGGGGAGCACAGAAUGGGACUGAAAUGAUAAUUGAACUACUCCAUCAGUUUCUGGGAGAUUUAGUGCGUGUCUAGACUGCAAACCUAAACCACCUGGAACCAGUUUAAACAUUGUGGUUUCUGCCAAACAACCCUAGGAAUCGUAGCUUUUGUGAGGCUGCCAUGGAUAUUUUCUUAAGAUUCCUAGUCUUCAUAUAACUAGAGUUUCCAAGGGGCUCCUUGGUUGAAAGCCAGGAAAGUUAAACUGGGUUAAAACUGUUUUACACUUGUAGCCUAGUCACAUCUUAAUCAAAUAUUUUUAAUUUUUACUUGAGACAAAUUGCUUCAAAAAAUUGUAUCUCCCAGUUCUAAAAGGGUUAGGCCACACCUACAUUGCACACUGAAACUGGUUAAAUGGUCACAGCUCCCCCCACAAUAAUACUUAAUUAUUGAAAAAGAGAAGCAUGUCAGGGCUGACUUUCCUAAUUGUAGGUGAAGAAGAUGGCUCGGCUUACCUUGCUGUGAUGGGAAAGUACUUUGUGAAUGCUCAGGCGUGUUGAAACAUUCACAUAUUUCAAGUCAGAAGGCCAGUUUAUACAAUCAUUGCAGAAAGAAGUAGUAAAACAUUCCCCCCCCCCUCCGAACUGUAUCACUUCCUUUGGGAAGCAUCCAGGGGAGCUGCAUUUUUACAUGCCUGAAUGCUUUGCCUUGCACACAGGCAUAACAUAUAGAACAGCAGCAUGUCAGGCAGAAGGCUAGACUAGAGCCCAUCUCCCUAUCACACUUCUUCAGUUUGUAAGGAGCAUUUUACAUGGGAGAACAUUUAAUCUGGUGAUUUCCCCCAUCUGCUGUCUGAAGUCCAGAAAAGGGACUGGUUUUAUAAGAAACCAGGCAGAAGACCUCCCAGCUGAGAUUCAGAAGGUGUGCACACUCCCAAUAAAAUAUCAUGUGGGUGAUGGAAAAACUGGUUGGAGGUCUGGGAAGUGACUGCAGGGAGCAAUACUGGUUGGUCAGCUCAGACAGCCAACAUCCCCCACCCUAGUUCAAAUCCCACCCAGAUUACCAAAGUUGGCUGCCUGCACCAACUGGCUCGUAUUGCAUCUUCCGAAUCUUAGCUGGGAACUCCUCCGCUCAGCUUUUGAUCAUGAGAACCAGCUCAAGAUUGAUCAUUUUGUUCUGCCUUAGGCUAUGGCAUUAAGAAGAGGUUCUGGGCCUGAGAACUGUGCUCAAUCUUGGACUCAAAUUAGUCCCUGGCUGCAGUGUGUGAUAUAUCUGUGUACAGUUAAUUUUCAGAAUACUGUAGUUCCCAGUGUCCUUUGGUGAGGAACCACUACCAUUAAACCAGCUUGUUUAUAGCAGAGAUGUGACUUCAGUUUCCCAGUCAGUAGCAAAGUUGAAGUGUUUCCUGGUUCCUGUAGCAUUGGUAAAGCUUCUGCAAAUGCUGCUAGCAGCAGUCAUUCUGUGGCAUCCCCAUCGACAUAUAUGUUUGUGUGUACAGCCCCCCUCUUCCCUGUGUUUCAAAUCGUAUGUGAUUAUUCCUCAUGAAUGCCUCUGGUUCUGGCUAACUCACUGCUUCUGCACAUUUGCCAAAUGAGGAUUUCCAAAGUUCCAAGUUCCCUCUCUGGCAUCUCCAAGAUAGGGUCUGAGAGGUACUCCUGCCUGCAACCCUGGAGAAGCCGCUGCCAAUCUGUAGACAAUACUGAGCUAGAUGGAUCAGUGGUCUGACUCUGUAUAAGGCAACUUCCUGUGUAAUAUGGGGUGAGUCAGGGGUGUAGUCUGAGGGAACCCAGCAAGUAAGCACUGAAUCCAUCAGGUAGUAGGGGUGUGUACAAAACCAGCUGGCCCGAUUUGGUUCGUGUUUGAACUGGACUGAGACCAAGCCAGUUCAGUUCUACACGCCCUCGAAACGCCCCCCCCCUUCCAUUUGGUUCAGUUCGGUGAGGUUCACAAUGUUAAAAACAGAAAUAAUUUUUUUACUCAUCCCCUCUGAGAGGCUUCUCCAAGCCCACGGGAGGGUGUCUCCAGAGUUUCCUCUUCCUCCUGAUGGCCUCAGUAAUGGUAAUACUCAACCAAUCUGAGUGGUUUUUGGCCACGACAGACCUGGAAUGGGCCAAAGACCCACCUGGACCAGGCGAUUUUUACCAUUAUAGAGGCCAGCAGGGGCAGGGGGAGUCUCCUGAGACACCCCUGUGGCCUCGGAGAAGCUCCCCAGAGGGGGUGAGUUAAAAAAAAAUUUUUUUUUAAGAUUCAACCCCCCCCCCCCAAAAAAAGGCCAGGGGCGGAGGGUCCGGUCCGUUGAACUGGUUCAGUGUUAAACCUAUUUGACAUCAAACCUGUUUGCACAUCCCUAUCAGGUUGUGGGUACAGCAUGACAGAAUCUGGACUGCCUUUUCAGGCCUCAGUACUGUCUGGAUCAGUAAAAUGCUGAGGUCAUUCACACAAUUAAAAACUGUGUUCUGUCUGGGCUAGCUUUUCCUCCUACCUUGCUUCCACUCAACCAAAAAUUGGGAGCACACACAACUCCCAAACCCAGGUAGAACAAAGUUUUUCUGUGCAUGAAUUAUCAUCUGUGUAAUAGCCGUUUUUGUUAUAAACAAGCAAAUCAGGGCUGUUAUAAGCAGUCAAAUCAGGGGCAGAGCUACAGCUGAACAAAGGGAGGGGACAAAUGUCCCUGGGCCUCUGAGGGAGGGGUCCCUGCCGGCUGGGAGACAACUUGCUCUUUGCUCUCCCCUUGCGCCUCUCUGAAGAAGCCUUGCGAGGCUCCUGAAUCAAAUGGAUGUGGACUGACGUGUGCAUGUCAAAGCCACAAAUCCAUUUGCUUCAAAAAGAGCCUGGGAGGGAAGGGAGAUCUGUUUGCCUUGUGUUGAUAGCCUGUCCAUAGUUAUAAUGAGGUUUUUAAACAAUAGUUACAACAAAUGCUAUCAGACAUCUUUUUGCAAUUUAACCUUGGGUAUCUUCAAGAGUGGACCAGUGGAUCUUAGUUAAUCUUGCUCCCCUAUAUUACAAUCUUUCUCCUCUUCUUUCCUGAAAUCUGAAAUUGAUACCCUGGCCUGAGUUAUCCCGCAACAGCCUGAGUAUUUAUAGCUUUCAUCAGGUAUCCACUUACUCCAUUGCUGCUUACAUUUUAUCUUAAGGUGUUUGUCACUCCUCCCACCCAUCCCUCCACUGAGAAGCUAGAAAAAAUACUGUCUUUAUCUCUCUGGGAAAUUUUUGCUUCCCGUGAGCCACUGCUUGUGCAGUAGACAUAGUGAAAUUUGAAGUGUUGGUCUGAGACAGCCACUCUAGCCUAUGGUGUGAUGCAUUAAAUUUUUGUCCAUCUAGGCAAACAUGUUUUGCACAUUGUGAGCAAUGAUGGCUCUAUAAACUCAUUUUCUGGUAGGCUUACCACUUCAAAGAAGCUAAAAUAUAACAAUUGCAUAUUAAUGCUACCAUCAGGGGUGGCAAUAUAAUUCAUGAAUGAGUGCUGAACUCUCCCAGGGCAAGUUCUAAUAUUGCCCAUUCUACCCAGGAGAAAAAGGUUAUCAGUAAUAAAAUGCACUUUUAAUGUAGGGCUUAUGGAAUUUAUUGCAGUGUGCUGUCAAGGAGGCCAGUAGGCUUUGUGGGGCAGGGGACGGGGGUGGUGCUGGACUGGGGUAGGACAGGGAUCUAAGCAACAGUUAAGCUAAAUGACCAAAGGUGUGGAUCCUCUUUCUAAAAGAGAGUUAAUGUAUUACAUCACACAGAUUUUUCUAGUCUUUAGAGUUGGUUCUAGGCUGAGCUUGAGCAUAAUUUGGUAUUUCAGACCAGAGGUCAGGGAGAUACAGAGGGAAAGGUAGGAGGAACAGCAAAUGGAUGCAUAAUAAAUACCUGUAAAGGAGAAAUCUAGGACUUCCGUGCACAUGAUACUUUCAGAUAGACACCUUAAAAUGUAUAUGAGAUUUCUGAAAACUUGUCAAUCAUACAAAUGCAUUUGUCAGAUUGCUGGGAUUGACUAUGGCUUAUCCUUGAAUGUACACUUGAUUGCAAACUGAGAUUUGUUGCUGCUGUGCAAUGUGUGAAGCAGCCCUAAGCAAGUUUCUGUAUCCUCAGACACCACCGCAGUAGGAUUAAAUGCCAUCAAUUAAUGCAAGAGAGAGGACAUAAACUGUUCUAACUGGAAUCCACUGUUAAAGAUACAGCAAGAGGAAGGCAGGUCCACGCUCUGCCUUUUGCCCCAAAGAUAAAAUCUUGUUUAUGGGGGGAGGUGUUGGGAAAUAAUUUGUAAUUAAUAGUUGCCACCACAUUUUAGCUGAAGUCAAAAGUUGAGCUAAUUGCAGAGGUUCCUGCUUGGAUAAAAUGGCCAAAAUUGUAAGGGGCCAGAAAGCAUUUCAAUAAGACCAGUGAAAUCUCUCAGUGAACCUGGAGAGGAGAGACCCCAUACAUCUCUUAACUUGCCACCAUAUUGCCUAAAGUGACAUUUCAAAGUGAGUUUGAAGGUUCCUGCUAGGGUGAAACAUCCAAGGAAUGCUGAGGGAAGCAAGAAGUGUUUCCUUAAGAUUAGCGAAAUCAUUCUUAGUUGGAGGAUCUGCAUUUCCCCAGUUGUUCUAUAAUCAGUGCUCUGACAGCAAUCUUCUGAGGAUGCCAUUGCACUCUGCUACUGCCUGUGAAGAUUGCUCUGUGCGGACAUUGCUGCUUUUAAAUAGCUAUUUGUGACUUUCUAUGAGCCGGUGCAAUGACAUGAUGUUUCUGUUUUAAAUACGGUGUUUAACUCUUAUUCUUUAGCUCUUUUUUUCCUAGCUAGAUGAUGAGAACUUGAUAUCAAGUAUGUUGGGACUGCUUGUUUUGUUUUGUUUAAAAAGCUUUUUAUUCAGUGUUAAUGGAUGGGUUUAUUUUUAAUACAAUAUGCUCCAAUAAAUUGUAUUUUUAAUACAAUU